AUGGCUCCAGAAACAAAAAGCCGUAAACCUGCAAAUACUGCUUUUAAACAACAGCGCUUAAAGGCAUGGCAACCCAUUCUUACACCAAAAACUGUUUUACCAACUUUUUUUAUUGUUGGAAUCAUCUUUGCACCACUUGGUGCUCCAAUAUAUCCUGACUUUUUACCAAUGCCAUCUGGAUAUAUUCAAGCUUCAUUUCCUAGAGCUGAUCCAGAACCUGUUGCAUCAACAAAAUGGAGCCGUGAAGUUUAUUUGCCAACUCAGGAUGUUAAUCCAAAUCAAAUACCCUAUUGGCGCUGUAGAAUAAGAUUUAGUAUACCAAACCAAUUGGAUCCUCCAAUAUUUUUUUAUUAUCGGCUAACAAAUUUUUAUCAAAAUCAUAGACGUUAUGUUAAAAGUUUUGAUGCAGAUCAAUUGAAAGGUCUAGCUGUUGGUCAAUCAGCUCUACAAAUUAAUUGUAAACCAAUGGCUGUUACGCCUGAAGGCUAUUUGAUCUAUCCUUGUGGUUUAAUUGCCAAUUCACAAUUCAAUGAUACAAUCAGUAAUCUCUCACUUUUAAAUGAUGGAUCAUCAUAUAACUUUACACAAAGCGGUAUAGCAUGGCCAUCCGAUAGACAAAAAUAUGGUAAAACGGCUUAUGAUUAUGGUCAAAUACGGCCACCACCUGAUUGGGUUGAUAGAUAUCCUAAUGGUAGUUACACAAAUGAUUAUCCACCACCUGACCUUUCAAAUGACGAGCUUUUUCAAGUUUGGAUGCGUACAGCUGGUUUACCUAAUUUUAGAAAGCUUUACGGUAAAAAUGAAAAAGAGCCAUUGAAAGCUGGAGAAUAUGAAGUUUUAAUUGAUUACAAAUUUCCUGUUACCAGAUAUGGUGGAACCAAGUCAUUUGUAAUUUCUACUGGAUCAUUCCUUGGUGGUAAAAAUCCUUUUUUAGGAUCUGCCUAUAUGGGAGUUGGCAUGCUUUGUGUGAUACUUGGAUGUAUUUUUACUGCUAGAUAUUUAUAUAAACCAAGAAAAUUGGGUGAUCAUACAUACUUAUCAUGGAAUAAUAAAUAA